UUUUUAUUGCAGAGAGGAGAGACGCUCGCAACGAUGGAGAGAACGUGGCGGAAGUCAACUUUGAUCUCGUUGCUGCUGCCCCUGCUUUUGGCCAGGGCGAGGUGCGAGGCUCCGCUCGUGGACAGCAGCGCCCUGCCGUUGGAGCACAGGUCGGUUUACGGGGGGGCGGGGGUGGCGCACGGGGCCGAGGAGAACUGGCCGCUCGCCUCCCCCGACACGCCCCAGAUCAAGCAUCUGCAGGUGCAGUGCGAGAAGACGCACAUGCGGGUGAACAUCGAGUUCGACAGGCCGUUCUACGGGAUGAUAUUCAGCAAGGGUUUCUACUCGGAUCCCCACUGCGUCCACUUGAAGCCGGGCACCGGCCACCUGAGCGCCACCUUCGAGAUAUUCCUCAACUCGUGCGGGAUGAGCUCCUCGGCCAAUCACAACGUGGCCGCUUACGGGGCGCCCACUCCCUCGGGCAGCUACGUCGAGAACACGAUCAUCGUCCAGUACGACCCGUACGUGCAGGAGGUUUGGGACCAGGCGAGGAAGCUCAGGUGCACCUGGUACGACUUCUACGAGAAGGCGGUCACCUUCAGGCCGUUCCAGGUCGACAUGCUGCACGCGGUCACCGCCAACUUCCUCGGCGACAAUUUGCAGUGCUGGAUGCAGAUCCAGGUGGGGAAGGGGCCCUGGGCCAGCGAGGUGUCCGGGAUAGUGAAGAUCGGCCAGACCAUGACCAUGGUCCUCGCCAUCAAGGACGACGAGAACAAGUUCGACAUGCUGGUGAGGAACUGCGUGGCCCACGACGGCAAGAGGGCCCCCAUCCAACUGGUCGACCAGUACGGCUGCGUGGUCAGGCCGAAGAUCAUGUCCAGGUUCCAGAAGAUAAAGAACUUCGGGCCCAGCGCCUCGGUGGUCAGCUUCGCCUACUUCCAAGCCUUCAAGUUCCCGGACAGCAUGAACGUCCACUUCCAGUGCGUGAUACAAGUGUGCCGCUACAAUUGCCCCGAGCCCAAGUGCGGCCACCCAGGCCUCGAGUACGGGGCGGCCGCGGCUGGCCUCGCCCACGAGUACGGGGCCCCCGUCCACCAGGGCCUUGGGCCCGAAUACGGGGCCCCGCCCGUCCCCGAAUACGGCGUCCCGCCCGCCUUCGCCGACCCUCGCCAUCCCAGCGGCCCGGCCGGGGCCUACAGCGAGCAGAACGCGGACGUGGUGCCGGCGCCGCAGGCGCAAACCUCGUCCUCCUCGCCUAGCUCGACGCCUGGGGACGCGACGGCGAGCAGCCCGCCGCAGAGCCAGCAGCAGCAGCAGCAGCAGCAGGACAACAUCCACCUUCCACCGCCGCCCCUCCCCGGCCACCCGGCGGCCGCGUACCAGACCGUGAAGAGGAAGGGGAGCGCCGGUUCCGAGGAGCUCGAGGGCAACCUGGCAACGUUGGGGGGUCGGCCGAGGUCGGUCGAGGGUUUCCCGGCCGAGCUGAGGGGCGCCAGGAGGCGAAGAUCCGACCUCGACGACCGAGACGAUUCCGUGAGUCAUUCUUUCUCCAUUUUUCGCGAAAGAGAUGGAAUAUAUGAUGAAAAAUAGAUUGGAUCGUUUCGACAGAUGGUGAGCUUGGUGAAGAUCGGCCACGUGUACAAGAGAGCGGCCCAGGAGAUGACGGACGUGAACACGUCGAGGACGAUCCAAGUGGUCGCCCCGGGCGACGUGAACUUCGCCCUCGGGACGACCAACUCGAGCAACGACACCACGGUCGUGAUCCAGAACGCGAGCGCCUCCACAGACCCGGAGACGAUCUGCAUGAGCUUGCCCGGCUUCGUCGGCGGUCUGGUCAUGCUCCUCCUCGUCGUGGUGGUCGCCUCUCUCGUCGCGGCAUUCCUCUUCGUCAGGGUGCGCGCCGUCGACCGGAAGAACAUGGUUGCGGGGGCCGGCUUCGUCCAUCCGGCGUACGCGGCCGAGAACUGCCCCGUUUCCAACCCUGAGUUCGUCAAGGUGGCCAACUGAGAGAUCACAGCCACCACGGGAUACAUUAUUUAUAUAUAUAUAUAUACAUAUGGACGUUUCAAGAGGAUCUCGAGGACAUCCACGCUAUAUAUAUAUAUAUAUAUAUAUAUAUAUACAUAUAUACAUAUAUAUAUAUAAUAUAUANAUAUAUAUAUAUAUAAUAUAUAUA